CAUUGUCUGAAACACCAAUAUUUUGCUUUCAGCUCAGUCCAAACAAAAUUUCAUGUCGCGAUUGCCGACCAUUCGACGACCAGCCAGGCCCGAGCUGGAGCCACAGAGCUUCAGAUACCUGCUCGUGCUCGACUUUGAAGCUGUCUGCGACGAGGUCACUCGUCCCAAGCCUCAGGAGAUUAUCGAAUUUCCAACAGUCGUGCUGGACACGACCACGCUCGAGAUUGUUGGCAGCUUCCACAAGUACGUGCGACCAGUCUCGCAUCCCAUCCUCACGCCGUUCUGCACAACGCUCACUGGCAUCACGCAAGACAUGGUAUCAGGUCAAGCGACAUUUCAGGAGGUGUUUGACGAGCAUUUGGCCUGGAUUCAAUCAUUCUGGAAGAGUUUGCCUCCCGCAGCGAACGCCGACGCGGAUGCCGCAAGCACCGCUUCCUCGUCAAUCCCAAGCGAAGCCCCGACGUGGGCCUUUGUGACAUGCGGCGACUGGGACUUGAAUCGCGCCCUUCCCGACCAACUCGCGGCUCUCGGCAAAAAGUCACCUGCGCCCUACCGCCAGUGGAUUAACAUUAAGAAAGAGUUUGCCGUCAAGUACGGAGUCAGCCCUCCCGGCAUGACGGCAAUGCUUGACAUGCUGCGCCUCGACCUGGUCGGACGUCACCAUAGCGGCAUUGACGACUGUCGCAACAUUGCCGCCGUCGCCAAGGAAAUGCUUCGCGAUGGGCAUGUUUUCGAGAUUACCGGCACGCGCGGCGAAUCCAAGGGCAGCAAGGCAUCGUGCUGAUUGCUUCACCCCGCCUCCUCCCCCAUCAUGACCAUCAGUGUGUUGAUGUUGCCAUCCCCCUUUCUGCGCAUCUGCAUUGUACUUGGCUCUCACUACGAGUCACUUUGAGUGUUUUUGGUCGUUUCUUUGUUUUGUUUUUGUUUGUUUUCGCUUGUCGCUGGUUUCUUGUCUUUUUUGGAUUGAUGGAUGUGUAAUUCGUUCAUCAUCAUCAUCAUCAUCAUCAUCAUCAUCAUCAUCAUCAUCUUCUUCUUCUUCUUCUU